UCUAUCUUACGCAGCUUCUAAUUUAUUCUGACCCCUCAAUGUUGCCGUGUGUUGAAUCUCAUUGGGCCGACGGUCGCUCACUGUAACUGUAGAUCAUCCUUAGCGUGCAAGGUAGAAUUAGAUCCGCAGGUAAGUUAGUAGUGGGGACUCUGACACUAGGACAGCAGUGAUGGCUACCUUGAAACUUAUUGUCAUUCCAUCAUCAUCAUCUUAAAUAUAAGUCUACUCCCGAGUUCGCUUGAACGGACGAAAACGCAACUAGUAUCAUCAUGGCAUCCAAGAUCUUCCUUGUUGAAAAUCCAAACUACUGCAAAUCUGGGAUCAAGUCCUAUGUGCAUUUGAUACGCAAAUACCGUUUGCAUCCCACCAGAAAUGGCCCCUAUUCUAUCGGUCGAGCUAUUCAUCAGACUGGCCGGCCCUUCACUGACAAGCCUAUCGGCGGUCGAGUUCGCUUUCACGACGUAAUGCGAAAACAAACCUCGGACGACGAAUUCAAGCAAGUCGAGAAAGAUGAUAUCCAAAAUGAUGCCGUGUUCUUUAUGCCAAUGAGCAUCGGAACCCCGGCUCGAACUUUGAAUCUAGUCUUGGAUACAGCGUCUACUGAUUUUUGGGUGCGGUCUAGUGAACUCCCUGCAGAUACACUACCCGAGGGUAGGGGGGAGAGCCACACCUUUGAUCCCAAAAAGUCGAGCACAUUUAAAGACAUCGAAGAUUCGCCAUGGAAAGUGUCCUAUGUGGACGGUUCUUUGGUGUCUGGUACCAUCGGUACAGAAGAUAUCACCAUUGGACGAGCGGCCUUCAAGGCACAGCCCGUUCAGCUUGCCAAAACCAUGUCGCCAAUGUUCACACAAUUCUCAGCAGAUGGCGUUCUCGGGCUGGCGUUUGGGCAUAUCAAUCAUCCCCAGGAGGACAUCAAGGCCCUGGCUGAGCGUUUGAAUAUCGGAGACGACCUCGAACAAUCUGCAAAGUUGUUCACAGUAAAACUUGGAUCUUGGGGCGACUCUGACCUAAAGAAACCGUUUUACACAUUUGGCUCCAUUGACGAGGAUGCCGUGCGCUAUUGUGACCAUGAUGUUCAUCAUACGCCUAUCGACAAUAGUCGAGGCUAUUGGAUGUUUGAGUCACCUUCUGCAACGGUUGGAGGAAAGGCAAUGAAUAGAUCUGAGAACAAGGCUGUUGUCGAUACCGACGCAGCAUUGACUCUACUUGAUGACCAAACGUGUCAAGCCAUUUAUGAUUCUAUCCCAGGCGCACUCUAUGAUAUUGAAAGCCAAGGCUUUAUCAUACCAUCUGACGUCAAUAUAGGCCAGCUUCCAGUCGUCCAGUUAGCAGUGGGGGAGAAAUCGUUCGUUAUGUCAAAAGAGAGCCUGAUGUUUGCUGAAGCUAAACCUGGCUACGUAUAUGGCGGUGUUCAGAGCCGUGGAUCGCUCGAAUUUGACAUCCUUGGUGGAACAUUUUUGGAUGGGCUAUAUGCGAUAUUUUACUUCGGUUCUCUUCGAUUCGGUGCUGUGCAGGCCAAUGCAGAAGUCUAGAAAAAGAGCUGAGCCCAAGUAUUACUUUUAUGAUGUGAACGUUUCCUUGAUGAAUGUUGUUGGGUAUGGAGAUUAUGAU